AUGAUGGGAGCCUUGGCAGAUGCAGCAUUGGCGCAGGGUGCUGAAGUUAUCGGUGUGAUUCCAAGGAACCUGGUGGAAAAGGAAGUGGCACACACUGGUUGCACUUCUUUGAGAGUGGUGGAGUCCAUGCAUCAGAGGAAAGCCUUAAUGGCCGAGCUGGCAGAUGCGUUCAUCGCGCUUCCAGGAGGAUGGGGAACUCUGGAGGAGUUUAGCGAAGUUGUCACAUGGACACAGCUGAACACUCACCUGAAGCCAGUCGGGUUGCUGAACAAGUGGGGCUUCUGGGACCAUGUGCUGAGAUGGGCAGAGCAUGCUCAUGAAGCAGGAUUCCUGUCCAUGAAAUCGAAGAAGAUGGUCUCGGUGUCGGACGAUCCUGAUACCUUGAUUCGCGCAUUGCAAGUUGCUGAACUACCUGAUGCUGCGGAGAAGUUGGGGAAACUCCAGCAGCGAGUAGUAAGUUCAUCAUCCCGCACCGGGAUGCAUCUCAGCGCGCUUGGCUUACGCAUGGCAGUGCCGAUAUGUAUUAUCGGACUCGUGGCCAUUUGGAGACGAUCCCGCUUGUGA